AUGUCCACACUAACAUUGAACAUUACAUACCAAGGACACCCCAAGAGGUUCACCGUUAGCAAAUCACAAACUAUAUCCCAAUUUAUAACCCAAUGUUUGACGAGCUAUAACGUCGACUGCAAUACAUUCAGUGCUGAAUUAUAUCACAACAACAAGGCAUUAGAUUCAGCAUCGCCCUUCAGAUUGACAAACCUUCUGAACAAUGCUAAACUUACACUAAAAGUGAAGAAACUUGAUCUCGAUAAAGAAAUUAAUGUCAAGUUUAUAAGUGAAAAGGGCACGGUAGUGAGGAAAUUCACAAUCGGGGUCACAUUGGAGGAACUUGUUGAGCAAGUAGUGGGCCAAUUGCAGAAACCAACGCAGUUGAGAAUAUUGGAUUUGGUGAUUGGUUAUGAAAAGUACACUGCUACCACAUUGGUGUCGGUUGUUGGGAAUGCCAAUAGUGUUGUUAUUCGAUUAGAGUAUCCGAAGCUGACGAAUGAGAAGGAUGCAUUGUUUAAGAAGCAGCAGGAGGCUAAUCGAUUGCAGUUGGCAGAGACUCAAAGACGCCAAGAAUUGGAAAGGCAAAAGCGCAUACAGGAGGAGGAAAAAGAGAGGGAAAGAAAAAGAAUUGAGAGAGAGAGUCAACUGAAUGCAAGGGGAAAUGGUGUGACGGAGUCUGCUCAAGAGGAAGAUGCGCAGAUGAAAGAUGUUGAAGAGGAAACGCCUUCAACGGGUGCUGAGUCGGUGUCCAAACCAAGCACAGGAGAAAAGGCAGUGGGAGUAGUUGGAGUUACUUCUGCAGGUGAAGGCAAUAGCGACAAUUUUGUCUAUCUAGAAGAAGAAGAAGAAGAAGAAGAAGAGCCCAUUGAUGAAACUCCCAAGUUGUAUGUACCAUCAAACAAACCACAGCCUACAUACCAAAACCCCGAUGAAGAUUACAACAUGACAAUAGAUCAAGCCAAGACUUAUCAAAAUGUGAUUCGCAAUUCAGCAAAGAGAGUUAAAAAGAUAGAGGGAAACAACAAAAGCAAACCUUCCAAGUAUUUUAUACGUGUCAAGUUCCCCGAUGGGGCCAUGUUGCAAAUCAAUUUCAUUGAAAAUGUUGAAGAUGUCAAAUUUGGUAAUUUAGUUAAACGAAUUGAUGAAUUAUUGAUCAAGGAGUAUAUUGAUAAUUAUAAUUUGAAAAUUGGGUAUCCUCCAUUCACGAAAUUGAAUCAAUCGUUUGCUUUGAAUAAUGAGAAAUUGCACAAUUUGGAACAUUUCCAACUGGAACAAGUUGUAUUGAUAUGGGAGUUGAGUAAAGAUAACGAUGCUGCUGCAACCAAUGGGGCUACUAAAUAUAAUCAAAGGGGUCCAUUUUUGAAUAAUGAGUCUAAAGAUUUGGUUAUUAAACCAAGUGAUGAAUUACCAGCGAUAAAGUUGGAAAAACAUCGGAAGGAAUUGAAAGAAGGCGAUUCAUCAUCAUCAUCAUCAUUACCAUCGUCUAAUAAAUCAGGUGGAGGAGGAUUAUUCAAAUCGAAAUCAAAGAGUAAAGAAGGUGAUGCAGAGAAAGAUGAAAAGAAAUCCAAAUUACCCAAAUGGUUGAAAAUGAAAAAGUGA